AUGGAAGCACCGAACAAUCAUCCCAAUGGCAUCAACGUCAUCAACGGCCACAAGGCCAAGAGCCUCGAAGUAGCCAUCGUCGGCGGCGGUCUCACAGGCUUGGCUCUGGCCGUAGGACUGCUCCGACGGAACAUCAACUUUACCAUCUACGAGCGAGCCGCGAGCUUCGGGGAGCUGGGCGUCGGCAUACACUUCACCCCCAAUGCGGAACGGGCCAUGGAGGCUCUGGAUCCUCGGGUGCUUCAGAGCUACGUUGACGUGGCAACGAAUGCUGAAGGAGGAUUUCUGAGCUUUGUCGAUGGAGCGUCUGGCGACGAUGGCUUGCUGUUCCAACUCCGUAUGGGAAAGGGUUAUAAAGCGGCUCGUAGAUGCGACUUUGUUAGCCAGCUUGUUAAGCAUAUACCCCAGGAGCGUGUUCAACACCUGAAGUGGCUACAGUCGGUGGAGGAGGACGGUGAAGGCAGGGCAGUCCUCACGUUCCGAGAUGGAUCAACGGCUGAAGCGGAUGUUGUCGUCGGCUGCGAUGGGAUUCGAUCGCAAGUGCGUUCCGCCAUGUUCGGAUCCGGACCAUCUGCCCCAAGAGCGCAAUACGCCCACCAACUCGCAUUUCGGGGCCUGGUUCCCAUGGCCAAAGUAGAAGAAGCCCUUGGAUCGGGGAAGACGUCGAGAGCGAUUGGAUAUCUCGGCCCCGGUGGGUUUGUUCUGAGCGUUCCUCUGGCUGGCAUAAACAUGAUGCAUCUCGAAGUGUUCGUCAUGGACCCCCUGGACUGGUCCGAUACCAGGAGCAAGUCGGAAAAGGGCAAUGAUGAGGAUGAUGUGAAGCGCUACGUCCUGCCUGCAACUAGGGCCGAGGCUGAGAAAGCCUUUACUGAAUUCAACCCUACCGUUCGCUCGCUAAUAUCCUUGCUGCCGGAGACGCUGGGCAAGUGGGCCAUAUUUGACAUGCUCGACUCGCCCGCUCCCUCGUAUGCGCUUGGCCGUAUGUGUUUGGCCGGAGAUGCGGCGCAUGCGUCUACUCCCAACCAGGGCGGCGGCGCCGGUGCAGGCAUGGAGGAUUCGCUGGUCCUGGCAGAGAUUCUGGCCGCACUGGCUGACCGGGAAAAUUCAGGGGCGCCAGUUGGUUUGUCUGAGAUAUCUGAGGGGCUCAAGGUAUACAGCGAGGCGCGCUACGAACGGGCGCAAUGGCUUGUUCAGAGCAGCAGGCGUGUUGCUCAGCUUUUUACCAGGAAGAGCGCCGAGCAGGAGGAGCCCAUAAGUCGCGAGAUAUUGGAGCGAAGCCAUCAGCUCUGGGACCAUGAUGUAGAUGCAAUGGUUGCUGAUGCCCUGGGAAAACUGAAAGCGAAACUAAGCGAGAAGAAAUAG